UUGGAGAAGAAUGAGAAGGUGCUGGUGGAGGAGAAUGAGAUGACAGUGGAUGGUCUUGCAGUCUGGAUGCAUGGGAACAUUUAGUUCACAGACAUCUCGGUAAACAAGAUCCAGAUGAUUUCCUGGGAUGGCUACUGGACUUGCACCAUUGUGACUGAUAAACUGGACCUUUCUCUUGCCACUCCUGUGAAUGCCAUUGAUGGUCAUUCAGGGUGAACUUCUGGACAUGUGCAGGGCGUGGUGGACUUGCGUCUUGUUACUAGGAGUGGUGACGGCCAUUGAAAAGCCAUCAGGUUCUGAUGUGGUGCAGUUUAUGGUUCAUAAAGACACCAUCAGUGCUUCCGCAGCUGUCGAGGACCAUCCCGACUUGAUUAACUGGCGGGAUGAAAAAGGUUGGUCGCUGCUACAUUACGCUGCCUGGCAUGGAUCCUCAAAGGUCAUCUACAGUCUCGUGAAAACUGGAGCUGAAGUGAACCUAAAAGACUUAGUAGUGGGUUUGACACCGCUUAUGGUGGCUGCGGAGAAGGGACACGAGGAGGCACUAAAGACACUCGUGAAAGUUGGGGCGAAUGUCAACGCUACAGACACUGGGGGCAAGGGCGUCGUUGCGCGAUCAGGGAGCAGCUCUGUACUACGGUUUCUUCUUGGCGCCGGACUUGAUCUUGACCAUCGUGAUUCCUCAGGGAAUACGGCAGUAAUGGAGUGGGCACAAGAAGGGCGGGCAGACAUGCUUAUGGAAGCGCUUCCGCAUUGUCCAGACAUCACUCUCGCUAACCAUAAUGAUCUUACCGCCUUGGACGUGGCCAAGAUGAACAAGAACGUUAACGCCAUGAAAAUCAUUGAAGACAAGCUCCAGGCCAUGUGUGUCGCGGAUGGUGUCCACUACCCACUCAAUCACACCAGGUAUGAGGGAUGUCAUGAGGUCAGAUGUGAAGCCAAAUGCCAAUGGACGAAAACUGGAAAUAGUGACCAGACUUGCAGUGACGUCAGUAUCGACUCUCUUAGAAAGCGUAGAGAGGCUAGACACAAAAUUGCAGAUGGACGAUCUAUAGUGAUAACCACUUCGUGAUGUAAUGUAUUUAUUAACUAUGCUAAUGGAUAACACGUUGUUGGUAAUGCCGAGCUUUACAGUCAGCCAUGGCACUGUGAGCCGCCUCAUUUGUUGUUUGUCAAGCAAAUGGAUUAAGGUAUUUAAGCACAAGGUUUUUCUUCCGAAAGAUUUUGCAGGCGAAAUAUACUGCCCGUACUGAGUGAGGGAACGCGCAAAACAGUUUUACUUCAUAAUGUAUGUAUUAUUAUAAUGUAAUUAUGGUUGUUAAAACGUAAAGUCGUCGUGAAGUCCUUACUAUUACACGGUUUUAAACUAUGGCACUUGUACAGAAAUAAAUGCGUCAUUAUUGAGGGACUAAAAUAAACCCACCACUGUGCAGACGUACUCAUUUUUUCAUGUCUACAAAAAAAUUAAAAAAAAAUAUUUGGAUGAGGCUUUUGCUUUUUUCUUAGACAUAUCAAAAGCAUCUGAUAGAGUAUGCCACAAUGCUUUAAUUUUUAAACCAACUCCCCAUGCCUUACAUCCUUCUUUCUACGUUCCAGUGAAACUUCUCAGUAUCAUUUAGCGUUAUUAUAGAAUUAGUCUCUAAGAAAGUCAUACAUGCAUUAUGUCUAUCAUCACUGCGGGAACGUGUGCAUAGCUUAUCAUAGAUACAUACUGGUAAUAUUAUCAUAUUGGCUUGACCUACAGCUGCCGAAGGAAUGCUGCUCGUGACAGUACACCAGACAGUGCGUCAGGCGGUGUGUCCUUGAAAGGCGUGGCAGCCAAGCCUAAAUAAGAAACAAGAGAGACCUGGAUAAACUUUAAUUUACUCAGUGCAGUUGAAGUUGGUGGAGUUUCUUGCAGUUAUAUUAAUUUUAUUCGCAAUAUCAAUAUUUUUUUCCAGUGUUUUUAUUUUGUGUUAGCGAGAAAUACGAGUGGAGAAAUUGUUUUAAAGUAAUGAUACUUAUAAUAAUGAUAAACAAAAUGUAAUAGCUUUACAAAUAAAAGACCUGCUCUGGAUCAAUAUUUGUUACGGUGUUACCUAAACCAGUCCACUGAUUUGCUCUGUAAAAGAUCUUGCAAAGAUCAUGCAUCGUAAAGGACGAACAUAAAUAUAAAAUCAGUUCACGCUACUUAUGAUUGUUCUGAAUUAUACCCUUGAGUUAUUUCUUACGAUAGGAUGUACUCUAUGGUCGAGCGUGUAGACUUAUCACAGUAACAUUGCGAGUAGUUAAAAUUACAUUAGUUAGCUAAGCGUUAAAUUCGUUUUCUUUGACACCGGAGUACAUAUACAGAAAAUGAAAAAGCUUUUAAUGUGUAUCCCUUAUAAAAUAAGUUAUUGAUCUUUACUGUGUAUACUCGUACAUACAUACGUGGAAGAAAUGUAUUUCACCAUGAUGGUUGUUAACUUUGUGCACAUUUUGGAAAUAAAAAAGCAAACAUGAAAUAAAA